AUGAAGUCAAGUCAAAUCCAUGUCAAAUCUCAUAUUUUCUCAACUCAGAAAAAAAUUUGCUUUCAACUUUAUUUAUAUAUCAUAACUUUUAAACUGACUUUAUUUUAAUUAACAAUGUCGGAGGGAACAAGUAAGGAACCGCAAAAGACUCCUAUGGUGUACAUCUGUGGUGAAUGCCACAACGAAAAUGAAAUCAGGCCCAGAGAUCCUAUUAGAUGCAGAGAAUGUGGUUACAGAAUAAUGUAUAAGAAAAGAACAAAGAGAUUGGUUGUUUUUGAUGCCAGAUAAGAUGUUCCAAAGGAUCUUCGAUUGAUUUGUAAAUAUUGACAGUCCUACCUGAUAAGGAUAAGGUCCAACAACAUAAUAUUAAGUUUAUUGUUUGUGUACAAUUAGUAAUUUGAUGAGAAUGUAACUUCUAAUAGCAAAUAAAAAUAAGAUGUAUGAUUAUAA